GCUGGGAAACUACUAACUCGACACAUCGCCAUCUUUCUUUACAGCGAGUUAGGAAGGCAAAAUAACAAUCAGUUUUGAAUGAUUAUUUCUCCAAGAUACAACCGUUGAAGCAAAUCUUCUUGGUCAGCUGUUGUAAAUAACACGUUAGAAUAGGAGCGGGUGGAACGGAAUUCCAGAUAUUGGCCACAUAGCAGCCAUAAGACACAGUAGUUUGGUGUGAGCGCUCGAUUAGUAGAAGUGGUCAACAUGGGCCGCUCUCGGAGCCGUAGCUCGUCCCGGUCCAAACACUCUAAAAGCAGCAAGCACAGUAAGAAACGGAGCCGUUCUCGGUCGCGGUCCAGAGACAGGGAGAGGUCCAAGAAGCGAUCCAAGUCCCGAGAAUCAAAGAGGAACCGUCGCAGAGAGUCCCGUUCUCGUUCCCGGUCCACCACAGCCUCGUCCCGCAGAGAAAGAGCAGCCUCGCCGCCGGAGCGCAUUGACAUCUUCGGCAGGACGCUGAGCAAGAGGAAUGCCCUGGACGAGAAGCAGAGGAAGGAGGAGGAGGAACGAAGGGCAGAAAUGGAAAGACAAAGGAAGAUCCGGCAGCAGGAGAUCGAGGAGAAACUGAUCGAGGAGGAAACGGCACGGCGAGUGGAGGAGCUGGUGGCCAAGCGGGUGGAGGAGGAGCUGGAGAAGCGGAAGGAUGAGAUUGAACGGGAGGUGCUGCGGCGCGUCGAGGAGGCAAAGCGCAUCAUGGAGCGGCAGCUGCUGGAGGAGCUAGAGAGGCAGCGGCAGGCCGAGUUGGCGGCGCAGAAGGCCAGAGAGGAGGAAGAGAAAUCUAAGCGGGAGGAGCUGGAAAAAAUCCUGGAGGAGAAUAACCGCAAGAUCGCCGAGGCUCAGGCCAAGCUGGCUGAGGAGCAGUUGCGUAUUGUGGAGGAGCAGAGAAAGAUUCACGAGGAGCGCAUGAAGCUGGAGCAGGACCGUCAGAGGCAACAGAAGGAAGAGCAGAAAAUCAUCCUCGGCAAGGGCAAGUCCAGACCCAAGCUCUCCUUCUCGCUGAAGGCCACCGAAUGAGACUGCUCCCCCUUCAUCCACAUGUCACUCCCUGCCUUCAUCCCCAUCCAGCUUUCCCUCCUAAUCAUUCGACCCCACCUCCUCCUCCUCUGUGGAACGCUCGCUUCAUUUUGGAAGUGCUGAUGGAAGGCCGAGGAAAGGGCUGCAACCCGGCGUGUUAACUAGCUAGUACCUGCGAGGGGCCAUGUAGUGCCUACCGGCCUUGAAGAGGAGGCAGCUCUUUGCCCUUGAAGGACCUGACUGCUCCCUCCAUCCUUCCUCAUCCCAACCGCACAGAUGACUCUUGUUUGUGCUUUUUUUCUGUUUUAUUUUCACUUUUAGGGAACUUGAACUUUUGAUGUAGAAUGCUAUAUAUAACAUGUCCCUUGCCCUGUAAGUCUUAACUCUGGUUUAACAGCAAGCAACUGUGCACCUGUGCCCUUCUUCCAUGUCUUCACAGCCAGCAAAAUACAAUAGAACGGCAGACCCUAUUAUAGAAAAGUAUGUAGGACUUUGUCUAGUUCAGCUUACUGUAAAAGCUUAUGUGCAGCUUGGGAGCUGGCCUGUAGUUUUUCCUUUUUUAAAAUAAGAUUUGCAAAAGUGGCUGGGGCAAUGGUAACAAAUCACUGCACAGUUAACUUCCCGUCCAGCUGACAGGUUUGUGUCUUCCACCUUCAUUACUUCCUUUGCCCAUAGGUUGUGUUCAACAUGUAAGUCUUAUUUUCUUUCUGCCUUGGCUCUGUCUGCCAUGUAUAUGUUUUUCAAUUUUUGUUUUAAUUUUUUUUUUUACCUAAAUGACACAGCAGCAUGUUGUCAUGAGGGGAAAUGUAAAGCUUGUGUUAGAUUAGAAGUUUGUGCGGUGCAGGUGAACUCGGCCUCGACUCCCAAGCUGCCCAUGACUGGACCACAAACCUACAACAGGAUAUGUGUAAACGAUACGAUAAAUGGGGCCUGUGGGUAACAGCGGAGAGAGAGAGGACGUUUCCUGUAUGAUGUAAUGUUAUUAGCCUUGCUGUGAUUUGCUGACUCCCACUCACCCUCUCUCCCCAGUUCAGAUUGUGUUAUGAAAUUGAUCCACGAACAGAAAAGUGACAGUAAUGGGUAAAUACUUGAGUUUUGUUUUAUCAGACUCUUUGGGGAAAACAGUGACUUGUACAGAAACUCGACUACACAGUCCAUGUUCUUUUGUUGUAGUUAAUGAACUUGGCAAGGCGCUUCACUUGGUAAGUCUUGAUUCGUAGAGGAUGGACAAGUUCAGGUAAGAUAAGGAUCGAGGUCAGCAGCAGUGCAAAUGUGAGAGUGAAUGAACAAGUGUGUGUGUGUGUGUGUGGGUGGGGCUGACGGCUGGCCUUAGGUGGGUAUAAUGACUAUGUUGUGGGAUUCUCAAUUUGUCAUGUAAUUUUCCCCAUUUGUGAAGGGACUGAACAGAUCAAUAAAUCCAUUGAAUGCCUCCACA